CAAUUCCGCACCGAAAUUUACUAUUACGCUGCACUUGGAACACUAUACAAAUGGUUGACACAGGACUUCCUGUACGAUAUUUGUUGCAACAACUAGUCACGUUGUGUUUCUUCGGUGCAGUCGCGAUAUUUCUGGAAUCGCUACACAAGCAGUUUUCUUAGCAUGUGGUGAUUUUCCAAAUUGCAAAAUGCAAUUGAAACUUACGUUGUGAUAUUCGAAUCUGAUGCCGAACCGGCGACCGAGGUCGUUUAAGCUUUUAGGAAAGCAUUCCCUGCCGCCGCGAUAGAAGCUGACGUAAUAAGACUUGGCAUCUCCCCCACAUCCUGACAUCUGGGUGCACCGGACAAAAUAGUUUUGGCAUCUUGGCAUGUUGUGAAGAGGACAGCAACACCUCGGAGCGUAUGACGUCUCCGAGAUGGAGCUCUUCUGGGAUGAGCACGUCUUUGUAUACAUUCCUUAGAAAUGAUAUCAAGGAUUCUUCUUGAUAGGUUUGAAUGUUGAGAGGGUUCCCGAACUUCGAUUUGGUGGACAUGCGCAACCUUGCCGAUAUAUGCCGUUGUGAGGUGCUUCCAAGCUUACUAAUGCUUCCUAUUAGCUUGUGGUGCAGGGCGAAUAGUGGCGGUGAGAUGGUUCUGAUUCAACUCGCAACUGCGAUUUAGUGAGAAUUGGUUACGAGGAGGGCGGAGUUUGGGGCAGAACCUUGGCGAGUUUUAAACCCUGACAAAACUCAGCGAUUUUGUUCGUCGGAACCUCCAAAGCUCUUCGUAACCUCGUCAGAAAGACUCUGGAGUUCGUGCGACACGAUUUUCAAGCGAACUCGCUUCGCAACCACUUAAAAAUGGAUCCCGUAUGUGUCUUUCCUGCAGAUCACUGGGAUAUGGCAAUCAUUGGAGAAGAGCAUUUUUCUGCCUUGCCAACUCCCUUCCCCGCUCUUCUUAGUGCAAGUAAAAACUAUCCGUAAAGUUUGUGCGAAUUGCGGACUUGCGAUUGAUUUGGGAAUUCGAACUGUAGUAAGGCUGUACCGCAUAACUGCGUGGCAGUCCUCGAGGGGCUUGGUCAAAGAAACUUAAUAAUAUACAGACUUCGUUAAGGAAAAGCAAUAAAAUCUAGAAUAAAAGCAGUUGCUUCAGUUUUAGUGUGUUCCUUCGAAGUCCUCGAAGGUUACUUUCAGAUGCGAAAUUAGGAUGCUGCACUCAUUUCUUCACUUCGUGGGAUGCGAGACGGUUCUUAAUUCUUGUAUGACCCGCCGACCCCUGUACGAUUCUUCCUCAAAAUCCAUGCCUUGCUUGCUUCCCGUCCAACCCUCACCUACCUUACGUCUGUAAGGAACUUCCUCAAUAUAUAGUUGAUGAAAUUGUAAAUUGCGUCGAGGAUGCGAGGGAUAUUGCAAAACUUUCGGUAACUUGCAAAGCAUUCCAGGAAGCUAGUCACAAUGUCAGGUCAAUGCAUUUAAAAGUGUUGAAUGAGGAUCAUGAACGGGCCCGAAUUCCUGUAGAUAUGUCCUCACCGAAUUCUGGUUCGCAACGUCGAAAUCUGAAGGAUACUGUGGUGAACAUUGUAUCAAAGAAGCGUCACGUAGAGCGGCUGCGCAUUGAAGUUGAGCCGAGGCUACAGUCGAAAGAAGUUCCUGAAAAUGAAAGACGGAGAACAGAUUUUUGGAUGAGCGAUCCGUAUUUUGUAAGGGAAUGGUUACCUCGUCUAGGGGCUACGCUUCAGCAUUUAUGCAUAGUGGACUAUGGGAAGCAGGCCAUAAUGCGCAGAUCUAGCGUCCUUAAGAUUAUAUCACAUAACUGCAAAUUGGUGAAGACGCUGGAUCUAAGGAAUAUGUAUAUUGAUACAAGUGACUGUGAAGUAAUGAGCUCCAUGUUGAGCAUGACGUUACGUUGUGUUAAAGUGAUGGGUGGAAUUUUAGAUGAUAUGAACAAAUUUAUGCCGAAUCUACAGACGUUGGCGCUGCUUGGGGUAUUUGGUGUGGAGAAAGGGAAUCUGAAGUUUAAAAAUAUGAAAGUGCUUUGCCUCGGUCUCUCAACUCCAGCAAAGAACGUCUUAAUGGAUCUUCCUAGUCUUGAGAAGCUGCAAUUAAAGAUGCAAUGUCCAAAGGAUCUCAGAAUUGUGGCACCUCAACUGAAAUACUUUGCUUUCAAUAUGGAGGUGCCGGAGGAGUCAAAAGUGCAGGUAUGCUGCGGGGACACGACUAAAGUACACGCGACAAAGGACUUGCCUGGAGGUUUACUUGAACUGUUAUAUGGAGCCUCGAGUUUCGAAACACUUGCACUUCUUUUAGAGAGAAACAUGAGGAAUCUCAGGAAAUUAUAUUUGGACAUCCCUUGUAUGGCGUUGAAAGAAGAUGGAACAUUUUCCACAGUGUUGAAAGAUGUGCCCCUAAACCUACCAUGUUUUGAGAAACUACAUAAUUGUGAACUUCUACAGUUUUUCAACAUUGGACCUGGACUAUGGCAUAGUAUGGAAAUACAUGUGGAGCAACUCACAUCAAGAAGUCGUUGGCCAAGAAUGCACACCUUGAUUCUUCACAUGAUUCCACACAAUCCGGAAUCUUCUCUUCGUGUGUUGCAAAUGAUAUUGGGACCUUCAGUUGAGAAUUUGACAAUUUAUAUACACAAAUCUGGUCCUGUAGAUUGCAAGCUAAUGAAGCAAAGAAUAGAAGAAAUUGAUAUGCAAAAAAUAAAAUGUACUUUGAGAGAAUGGACAACUAGCCUUGAUUUUACAUGUUUUAGCUUCUAAGAUUCAAAUAGUGUUGAGGGUGAUUGGCAUUUUUAUGAUUGAAUUUGGCCUAUUGGAUGAGAAGUUUUAUCUACUUAAAAAAAGAAAAAUCAAAUCAAGGCUAUGUAUAUGCAGAAUUUAAAUAUUCUCAACCAACAAGUGUGAAAACAAUGGUUUUAUACACACUUGACUUAAAUAUAACAAACAAUGGUUGUGUUAAGUGA